UUGUUACAUUUCCCAGUUUUUUCUUCCCGAAGCAAAGACAUAGCGGGCAAGUUGAAAAGAUGAAAAGGAGACCGCUGCUUUUAAAGGACCUUCAAGGGCGUCUCGAAGACUAAUGCAGAGAAUUAACAAAAACGUGGUUUUAGGCCUUCUUACUUUGACAAGUUCCGUCUUCCUCCUGUUCCAGUUGUACUAUUAUAAGUAUUAUUUGUCUCCGAAGAAUGGAGCUGUUUUCCCCAAGAUUAAAGGGAGUCAGACGGGACAAGACAGUAGCAGAUGGCAUGUGGUUAGGAAAUUCCUUGGUUUGGUAUCCAGCCACCAUAUACCUGUGCAUCUUAUCGAUCCGUUGCUUCUAGGACUGAUUGCUACUAACUUGGAGCAGCUCAGGGCCUCCCCUGAGGGCAGCCGUUCAGAAUGCAGAUACUUCUGUGCUCCCAGGGAUUUCACCACGUUUGCACUACUGGAGAAAACCUGGAAACUUGAGGUGGGCUUGUUCCGAGCGGCAGAGCGAGUGGGAUUCCAGUGGCUAAAGGUUCAGAGCAGAGACCCCCGUCUGGAAGGGAUGGAGGACCUCUUGGGAACUGAGAUUCCCUUGCACUACAUCUUCAGACUGGCCAAUCAUGCCAUCCACGUGGUGGUCUUUUAUGAGAGGAAUGGCAACUAUCUGUGGCACGGGCAGCUGCGGUUGAAACGACACGUGGACAGGAAGUUUGUGCCUUUCCGAAAGCUGCAGUUCGGCCGCUACCCUGGAGCCUAUGAGAAGCUAGAACUAUUAAACGUGUCUCUUGAUGGAUUAACAGUCCAGAUUCCGAAAGCACCAUCUCAUUUCCUCGAAGAGAAGUCCCGCUCGAGGUUUCUUGAAUGUAGGUACAGAGAAGCUCGGUCUUUCUUUCAGCUGUAUCCUGAUGAUACGUCUCUUGAUGCGGUGGAGUUCAGGAAAAAGGCCAAGGCGUUAUUGCAUCUCGCUGCUUUGACGUUAAAGAGUUUGGGAGUGAGAUUCUGGCUGAGCAGUGGAACGUGCCUGGGUUGGUACAGGCAGUGCAAUAUUAUUCCUUACAGCAAAGAUGUAGACUUGGGGAUUUUUGUUAAAGACUAUAAACCGGAUAUUAUUCCAGCAUUUCAGAAGGCGGGAUUACCACUGAAGCACAAGUUUGGCAAGGUCGAAGACAGCUUGGAGCUUUCCUUCCAAGGGGAAGAUGAUGUGAAGCUUGAUAUUUUUUUCUUCUAUGAAGAGGAUGACCACAUGUGGAAUGGAGGCACUCAAGCCAAAUCAGGCAAAAAAUUCAAGUACCUGUUUCCCAAGUUCACGCUAUGUUGGACUGAGUUUUUGGAACUCAAGGUGCGGGUACCCUGUGAAACCCGCCACUAUAUCGAAGCCAACUACGGUCAAGAGUGGAAGACGCCUGUAAAGGAGUGGGAUUGGAAGAGCUCUCCACCGAACGUGCAGCCCAAUGGGAUCUGGCCUAUCAGUGAGUGGGAAGAAGUCAUCCAGCUGUAUUGAGAUGCUUGUAAGAGCUCGGAAUGGAUUUGUCCAUCAUACAGCAGUCGUAAUCAGAUUGGAGAUCCUUGUCCGUUUACAAAGGAGAGGUUGUAAACUAUUUUUUUUACAGUUUUAUCAAGACACUUUUAAACAUUUUCUCAGCAUGACACAGAUUGGUCUGUUGCUUUAAGGUACUGAGAAAUCUCUAACGUCUCUAAGGAUGGAUGGAUAACAAGGAAAAACUAUAUCAGGGAGCCAGUGGAGGGAGAAAGUAAAACUGAAACUGUCUUGGAAAACGCCCCUUAGUAAAGAAAAGAAUAACUCAAUCUUCUAAAAUGAAAAUAAGCCUUGCCAAGGAGAAAGUGGGGAAAAUCUUUACGUAAUUAGAGCCAAAAUGCCUGGGAAGGUUCCUGGUGCAGAAAAGUACACAAAGAAAGAAAAUACUUGUGAGUCGCUAAGUUAGCACUCUUUAUCGAGAAGCAUCCUGAGCUGGCUGGGGAAAGCGUGUUUUCAGUUUCCGUGGCAGUUGUGCACGUUUCUCCUAAUUAAAGGGGGGGGGUCCGUUCUCCAAAGGCCAGUGGUUUGGGGAUUUAGGAGGAGAACACUUAGUUGUGACCACAUGACCAAGAUCUAUCUUUGCAUCCGGGUUGCUACUGAAGUCAGAGCAUCGAACGGAAAAAAUGCACACAGUGCGACGGACUUUCUCGCCACUUUGUGGCAAAACAUGAGAAGCAGCGAGACUUGCUUUCAUGCUUUUGCAGCUCCCCCACCCAUAUUAUGGUGCUGUUGCCUACAUGGGCAGCUUUCAGACAGGAAGUACUGGUGAUUCAGUGUCCUUGCCUCUUUUUUUGCAGCCUCUGUGGUGUGGUCAGGGCAUGGAUGACCCAGGCUGCGAUCCCCACUCGGCCAUGGGAGGUUGCUGGGUGACCUUAAGCCAGCUACACUCUGUCCGCCUAACCUACCUCGCAGGGAGGUGGUUGUGAGGAUAGAAUGGAGUUGAGACCCACAUACACUGCCCUGAACUCUCCAGAGGGAGGGUGGAAUGGAACUGUGGCAGAGUUCCUGUACCUACAGUGUUUGUAGUCAUGCUUCCUCUUCCGCAUGCCUAUGGGGAACCCACGUUUGCUUGCACAGACCAAGGCUAAAAUACAAGGGUUGUGAUGGAGGAGCGACGAAAUUCCUUCUCUGUUCCUGGAAAUCUUUUUUUUGUUAGUGUAGGUUAAACUUCAGGUAAGCCAUCUCAGGAUGAAUCUGUAGGAAUGUGUAAUAAACAGUGUUGUUGCCGCCUCGGUUCAACCUUUCAAUAUUUGCUAGGUGUAAGAAGCUUUUGUUGAGAAGGGAGCUUGUUUCUUCUAUCCACGGCUGCUAUUUCUGUGAGAUUCUUCAGUGCUAGUUCUAUUUAUUGCCUUAUGUUGGGUGAAAACUUGAUAUCUCGUUUCCCUUCUUGUAUUUAUGUAAGGAAGGAAGAUCAGUGAGGAGGAAAACUGGUUUCCGAUGCAAUCCAAAGUAGAGUUACACCCUUUUAAGUCCAUUUAAGUCAAUGCACUUAGAAAGUUGAAACUCUGCUUAGGAUGGCUACAGAACAGACAAGGUUAGUAUUAAAAGUGGGUAGGAUGUUGGCUACAGUGUUGGUUCGAAUCUGAGCUCUGCCACGAAGCUCACUAGGUGACCUCAGGCCGGUCAUACCCUCUCAGCCUAACCUACCUCACAGGGUUGUGAGGGUAAAUUGGGGGAAGGGAGAAUGAUGUAAGCCACUUUGAGUCCCUGUUGGCGAGACAGGCAAGGUACAAAUCAGGGGUUCUCCAAGCUUUUUGAGCCUGUGGGCACUGUGAGAAUCUGACACAUUCUGGUGGGCGCGGCAACAAAAUGGCUGCCGCAGAAUGGCUGCUGCAGGAGACGGAGCCAGACACAAAAUGGCUGCUACAGCUUGCCUUCAGUCACACAGCGAAGAUCCUCGUGCUGUGGGAGCAGCUUCUGCCGAAGCAAUGUUUUUAAAAAUCUGCGUAGCCAAUCAGUACCCCAAUGGCCAAUCAGAAGCCCUGCUGGGCAAAAGCCCCACCUGGCCCCACCUACUUUCUAAAAACACCUGGCAGGCACCAGGAAAGGUUUCUACGGGCACAGUUGGGCCCACUGGCACCACGUUGAGGACCCCUCUUAUAAACAAAGUAAAUAAAAAUAACACGUGUUUAUACCCAUUCAGCAGAGGGUGGCUGACCAGUUAAUUGGUAGGCUUUCCAUCCAUACAGAUGGCAUCUAAGGCAAGGAAGAAUAGUGCUCUGAAGAGCUGAUAUUGCAUACGUUCGAACUUCAUGCUUCAGGAGGUGAGAAUUUUCUGCUUGCCUCAACAUUAAAGUCGGCAGGAAGCAACUUUUUCUAUCUAUAUAUUGUCGAAGGCUUUCACGGCCGGAGAACGAUGGUUGUUGUGGAUUUUCCGGGCUGUAUUGCUGUGGUCUUGGCAUUGUAGUUCCUGACGUUUCUCCAGCAGCUGUGACUGGCAUCUUCAGAGGUGUAGCACCGAAAGACAGAGAUCUCUCAGUGUCAGACUGACUAUACAGCCAGGAAAAUCCACAACAACCAUUUUUCUAUCUAAUCUGUACUCGUAGCCUAUUCAUUUUUAAAACUUCAGGGUUUUAAAACAUAUAACAAGGAAGGGCAUCAUGGAUUCUCAGUUUACUAGUAAGACACAUAUGGAGCAGAGCAGCAGCCUGAAACUUUAAACAUGGGUAAAGCUCUGGCUGUGUAUUUAUUCACAAUUAACAAGUUUCCUCCAAUUUAUACUACUGUAACCCUAAAUAUGAACUGUGAUAUUGUCCCAGAUUUACUUACCGGUUUCUGUAGUCCAGGCCUGAAUAGCUUGCGAAUAGUGAUAUAACCCCGCAUAUGGCAUUCCUGUAUUCACUGCCUGCCUGGGCUUGUAAAUAUACCAGUGAGUUUGUUGUGCAUCACAUAGUUUGCAUGUGGCCAUGGGCUUUGUUUAGCCUUUCUGGGACACAAGUUUGUGAUGCUCUAGUCAGUCGUAACCUUUUGUGGUUGUGGUUACGCUCUUGGAAGUGAAUCAGAAGAGAAGUUGAAUUGUUAGUUACUUCCUGCGUUGGGUUCUAGAUGUUCUGGUGUUGCUUUUGAAGUUGAAGGACACCCCCCCACACACACACCAGCACAGAUGGACAAAGCAAGACAAGGGGGUUGCGUGAAUGUAAAUAAAACUCGAACAAACCCUAGAAUAUUCUGUCAGACUAUGGCUUCUCAGACAUGAGAGUCUGUCUUACUCCCUUCUGCAAGAAGACAAGGUCUUUUGAUUUCAAAAGGUUUUAUUUUGAAAGACAGCAUUCAGGUCCAGAUGUACAUCUUCCAGGAUUUGAGAUCCUGGCUGAACGAAGCAUUGUUAGGAAUGAGACACAGAACGAAAGUUGUUACAUUUCACCCUCUCAGAGCCCAGCCUCCCCCCAGAGUUCACAUAACAUGAAAGUUCUCUGUGGGAACGCCGGCCAAGGUCGGGUCGGAUCGGCUCGAAGAAUAGAUAAGACAGUAUCCUUUCCCAUGGAAUCGGCUCCUUGCAGGUGGUGGGGCCUAGAGGGAAAAGAAGACGAAACCACUACAGAAUUAGACAUGGCGUUACUUAGGUUAUUUCCUCUCAGGUACUAUGCAAACAGGUCCUGACAUAUUCACCGUCUGAAUGUCAGACUGAAACCGCUUUGAUCACUUUCUUAUCUCAGUUAAUGAAGGUGUGGUCUAGAGCAUGGAUGGCCGGCUGUUUUCAGAAGCUGAGAAAGACCGUAGGUUUCAGUGGUACAUCCCUCAAGGUCUUCUGCAAAGUUACUUGUCCUAAAGUGACGUGGGAGCUUUAUUAGAGUGCCUCAACAGCUAUAAUGGUGUCAAGUUGCUGUUCCCUCCCCAUCAAAGCCACUAGCUAGAAAAUUAGGAUAGAAAGUUUGAUUUGGACUGGAUACAGUUGAGUUUGACUCCUCAUCCAGGCCAUGAAGUUCACGGGGUCACCUUGGGCCAGUCAUUCUUUCUCAGCCUGGCCUAGCUCACAGGGUGAUUGUGGGACAAGGAAUAGCCCCGCGAACUCCAUUGAAGAAGAGGUAGAUAUAAAUGUAAGGAAUGAACAAAUAACUUUAAAGUAACGUUUUGUUUUCAGUUAGAGCAUUAGAAGUAGUUUAAGAUGGUUGUUUUUCUCUUCCCUUACUGUGGGAAGCUUGAUAACCAUUACGAAAUUAGGUGAAGUAAGACAAGAAACCAAGUUCCUGAAAAACAUAUUGGUGCUCGGCAGAGUGAAUACAUUCUCAUGUUGUAUCUGUGUAUGUAUAGUGAAGUCUGUUUAAAUUAUUUGGAUCUCUGUUACGCAAAGCACAAUGACGUAGCCACUCUUCUAUGCGGACAGCAAAUGUGAAUAGAGUGUUUUCUGGUGCAUUAAAAAUAUGUAUGGCUUUUCCUCUUUAGAUUGAAUUAGCCACUUACGAGAAAAUGGAUGUCCCCCCCCCCCCCAGAUUUUUUUAAAAACAAAGAUGAUACUGUAUUGUGUUUAACAACAAAGCUGACCAUUUUGAAUUUUUUGGAAAAAACCUGUCAGAUCAAUUGUGAUUUUCUACCCGUGCAGUGACGCUUAACAAUGGGGCAGAUUUCCGCUAGUCCCCCCCCCCCGUCAUGCCCACACUCUUCUUGAGGGUGCCCUGAAUCCUAGGGGCAGCAUUAUGGGGGUGGCUAUGGGCUGGAGCAGGAAGGAGUGAAGCGGUGAAAUCCUGUGUCUCGAGGUCAGGCUGUCCUUGCAGUUUGUUGGAUAUAACCCAGUGGGACCUAAUCCACAUAAGUUAGUUGUGCUUGAACCCCAAGGAAAUCAAUAUGAUAAAUUAGCCUCCACUAUCUUUUCUGGAUUGGGAUCAGUUUUUUAUAUAUUCUUUAUGUCAAUUAUGUAGAGGGAUGUUUUUACACCUGCAAUUCAGGGCGCUACUGCUUACAAAAGAAGCUUUGCCCUGUUUGUUUGCCCACCAUAAACAACUGGUUGGUCACUGUGUAUAAAACCGUGUUGGACUAGAUAGACCACUGGUCGGAUCCAGCAGGGCUCUUCUUACGGACUCUGAAGUGUUGAGAUUUUUUUUAAAAAAAAAUUAAUAGUUUAUGCAUAUCAUGAUGACACGUUUUAUUUAUAAUAAA